AUAAUAAACAAUUCCAAACUCCUCCUUUCUUUCUCCACUUGAUUUUUUUACAAUAACCCAAUCAUAGUCUCACUCGGGAUUGGUUAUUCUUAUUCUAAGAGAUAAUCCAAAUCCAAACCCAAAAGAACAACACAAUGAAAGGAGAAUACGUAGAGCAACAGCAACAACAUCCUAAGAGUGAAACACCACCUAGUAUGUUCUCAAAGCUUCAGCCUCAGCACCAUCCUUUCCCGCACCACCCUUUCCAACUCUCCGCCGAGGAUGCCACCACCAUCACCCCGAGCACCGCUCAGAAGGCCAACUCCUCCGGCGGCGACGGCGCGACCAUCGAGGUUGUUCGGCGUCCCAGGGGACGUCCGCCCGGGUCCAAAAACAAGCCCAAGCCACCGGUUAUCAUAACCCGUGACCCGGAACCCGCUAUGAGUCCCUACAUUUUAGAAGUGUCUGGCGGAAACGACGUCGUCGAGGCCAUCGCGCAGUUCAGUCACCGCAAGAACAUGGGAAUCUGCGUCCUCACGGGUUCUGGAACCGUCGCUAACGUCACGCUCCGUCAACCUUCCACCACGCCCGGCACAACCGUUACUUUUCACGGCCGUUUCGACAUCCUUUCUGUUUCCGCCACCUUCCUUCCGCAGCAGUCGGGCGCUUCUCCGGCGGUUCCCAACGGCUUCGCCAUCUCGCUCGCCGGACCGCAGGGGCAGAUCGUCGGAGGACUUGUUGCCGGCGGGCUGAUGGCUGCCGGGACUGUUUUUGUGAUCGCUGCCUCGUUCAACAACCCGGCGUACCACAGGCUUCCGCCGGAGGAAGAGGGCGCCUCCGCCGGAGAUGGACAUUCGCCGCCAGUCUCCGGCGGCGGAGACAGCGGGCAUGGACAGGCGGAGUCGUGUGGAAUGUCCAUGUACAGCUGUCACUUGCCCUCUGAUGUGAUUUGGGCUCCAACGGCUAGACCACCGCCGCCGCCGCCGCCGCCUUACUGAUCGAUCAAUCACACGUCGAGUUUCUGUUUCUUUUUCUUCUGAGGUUAACUUUGUGGUUAUUGUAAUCAAUUCUACUAUAUGUUGCUCUGUUUAAUUUGAUUUAGUUGGCGUAGUUGAUAUAUCUGGUAUUAGUUUAACUAUUAUUAUUAUUAUUAUAAUUAGGUUAAGUUUAUAAAUGGAAACAUUAGUAUAGUAUAGUUAUUAUGUAGCUAGGGUGGUUUAUUUGCGGCGCUAACUGUAUUAUGUCGAUGGCUCUCUACCUUGUUGAAGAGAUUUUGUUUAUCGACCAUUAUGACUAGUGAGCUUGUUGUUUAUUUUAGAUUUAAAA